AGAACCGGUUCAAAUCCGUCAUUCGCUCGUGAAUCGGAUACCACUUCCACAUCGCACUCAUAACUCUUCAUUAAAAGACUACACGCACACACUAGCUGAGUCGUUGCUCCUCCCAUCCCAGCAGUGAAUCUCGCCGGAGUUCAAGAACACGGAACAAGCGCAGCAGAGCAGACAUGGCUAUGCUCACAACAGAGCCUGAUGUGAUCGAUGCAGAAUAUGAGGACUACCUCUGCCCCGUGUGUCUGGAGAUAUUCAUCUCUCCGAUGACCACAGACUGCGGACACACAUUCUGUGAAAGCUGUCUUAAGGAGUGCUUGCGGCCUCAGAAACCUGUGUGUGCGGUCUGCAGGUCUGAUCUGCACAAGUGGAAAAAAGCAGAUAAUUUACAAGAUGAGAUGAAAAGAGCAAUUGGAAAGUGCAAAGGCUGUAAAAAUGAGGUUCUUUUGUCUGACAUGAGAAGCCACACAGGGGCUUGCUCUAAAUAUCAAGACUUUAUCAAGGAAGGAAUGAAGGCCAUUUCAAAGAACCAGCCUUCAAUUGUCAGUUCAGUGCCGAACCGGUAUACGUUCACCUGUCCCUACUGUAACAAACAGAACUUUGACCAGGACGGUCUGGUGGAGCACUGCACCUCGAAGCAUGCACACGACCCGCGUCCAGUGGUGUGUCCGAUAUGUGCCUCAAUGCCCUGGGGUGACCCUAAUUACAGGAGCGCUGACUUCUUUCAGCACCUCAGAAUAAGACAUGCGUUUUCCUAUGACACUUUUGUGGAUUAUGCUACAGAUGAGCAAGCCAUGAUCCAGGAAGCUCUACAGCGCUCUAUCUUGGAAAACUGAUGUGAGGGACCCCCAGCUGAACUGAACCAAAAAUCAAUGCUUAUGCUUAAAAGAUGAACAGACUACAUUGGGAUUCAGGGCUAGUCUGAUAUAUUGUUCUGCCUAAUGUUGGUCAUGCCAAAGUUCCUAUUGGUUUAAUUUUGGUGUUUUCAUAUAUUCAUAUAUGAAAUAUUUCCAUAUACAUUCAUAGCUGUAAAAAUACAUAUUCUGCCCAUCUAUAAUUAAUUCAAAUGAUAUGACAGAUUUGUGUUUAUAUAGUAUAGUUUGUGAAACAGCUGCUUGUCAGAUGCUUCUAGUGGAGAAAAUAUUGAUAUUGAAUCAUUAGGUCAUUUAGAUCUUGAGAGUGAUAUCUGAUUCAGAGGCAAUUUAGGGGAAGCAAAGGAAUAAGCUUUUUCUCUCGGUGUGUUUUUGUAUUAUUUUGUUCUUUUAAGAAGCCUAGAGGUGUGUUUCUCAUUGAGAUUAGUGUUGUGCUAUGCGCUGAAAUGAGUUUGUCCAAACCAGUAGGGGGCAGUAUUGUAUCAUUAGUCCAGCAUAUUGUUUAUCAUCUCUGUACUCUCUGACCUAAGCAGUGCUCACUAAGUGUAGUGCAGCUACUGGCAAGUCCAUGACUUAUCAAGAGGUAUCUGCCCUUAAUGGGAUAGUUCACCUAAAAAUGAAAAUCCUGUCGUUAUUUACGUACAAUCAAGUUGUUCCAAACCUGUAUGAAUUUCUAUACCAUGUGGAACACAGAAAAAUAUAUGCACGUUGUUGUUUUGGACCACACUGACUUUCAAUAUAUAGAUAAUAACAGUUCAGAAUAUCUUCUUCUGGUGUUUCACGUGACAAAAGAAUCAUUCAGGUUCAGAAAAACACAAGGGUGAGGAGAUGAUUUUAUUUUGGUUGAGCUACUCCUUUAAGCUCCAAAUGCGUUUAUGUAACUCAGUAGAGGUGUUUGCACUCUUCUUUUAUUUUUAUUUUUUUUGUUAAUAGCGUAUACAGCAGUCAAACUGUACAUGGCAGUUUUAUGAUAUGGUAAUGUUAGACCGUUUAAUUGGCAUUAGUUUGAAAUCCUGCAAUCUAUUGAACAAAAGUGUAAUGUUGUGUUCCAUAAAGUCAAACUUGUGUUGCAUGCUGUCUGACACAGACUUCACCACUGUGAAGAGAAAUCAUAUCCUGUGCCCAUUUCAUUCAUGCACUGUUAUUAUUAUUAGUGCUUCAUAGGCCUGUGUGUUCCUUGGGUGAAUUGGUUGUGUAUAGUUAAUAAACCUUUUCUCAAAAGCCUGUUUCAAAUGAAA